AUGGGCAUGCAUCUUGGUGAUACUAUCAGGCAGUCAUCUGCUGAUAUCAGACUCCUCUGGUUCAGUGUAUUUGCCAGAAUGGUGGCAUUUGGAUUGACAAACCAGAUACUCACUCUAUAUCUAAAAUCCCUUGAGAUCCCAGAAUCGAUGAUAGGCAUAUUCAUGUCCCUCACUAUGAUUGGCGAUUCGAUUCUUUCGUAUUUACUUACCUGGAACGCUAAUGCUAUCGGUACGAGACGUGUUAUGAGAAUAGGUUCAUUCCUAAUGUUUUUCUGUGGUCUUUUCUUUGCCAGUGGUACCGGAGAUUUUCGCAUACUUCUCUUUGCUGCCAUUUUCGGUGUUAUUUCACCUUCCGGUGGUGAUACAGGGCCUUUCAAAACAAUUGAGGAGGCGGUUUUGGCAAAGCUAACUCCUCCAAAUCAUCGUCCCGAAGUUUACGCUGUCCAUGGAACCUUGGCUGCAAUAGGAUCUUCUUUUGGAAAUUUGGGUGCCGGCUUCUUAGUCCAGACUUUGGUUUCUCGGUAUAAACUGACAUACAGAGAAGCCUAUUGUCGUUCCUUUAUUCCCUUCUGCAUUAUAUCAUUAAUCAAGUAUGCUACAAUGCUCUUCAUGUCCCGAAAAUGUGAACCAAAUUACAUACUGAAGUUUGAAAGAGUUCAGAAACCUUCAGAUGUUCCACAGAUCUCAGAGGAUCAUGACUGUUCAUCUUCCACAACCUCCACUUAUCCUUCAGAGUCGUCACCUCUCAUAGAGUCAACUAUAGAACACCAGACGCUUACUGGUCUUUCACCUCAUUCCCAGAACAUCCUGCUCAAGCUUCUUGUCCCAUUUAUGAUUGAUUCCUUUGGUUACGGUUUUAUGCCGUCUGCCUGGGUUGUCUACUACUUCAAAAUGAAAUACAUGGCCGCUGCUUCUGUUCUUGGUAUGAUCUUCUGCGCUACAGAUCUUAUUCAAUCCGCCUCUGCUGUUCCAUCGGCUUGGUUCUCGAAGCAUAUGGGUCCCCUUAAGUCUACGCUAGCUGUUCAAAUUCCUUGUGGAAUUUUCUUCAUCCUUAUUCCAAUAUUGGGCUCCACUCUACCAAGAGCAACUGUCCUUUACUUGCUCAAUCAGGCAACUACAGCGUUUGAUGUAGUUCCUAGGCAGAUUUUAUUGACCUCCCUAAUAGACUCUAAUGACUUGCCCAAAGUUUUGGGUACAGUGAAUAUUGGAAAACAGAUUGCCAGAUCAAUCUCGCCCGGUUUCACAGGUUUCUUGGCGGAGAAUGGUUAUCUCUGGGUCUGCUUUCUUAUCUCCGGUUCUUUACUUAUAUUGGCGAACAUAAUAUUGGCUAUUAUGUUUAAAGGUGUGGACAAAAUAGUCGAAGCCAAGCAAAGCAUCGAACAUGAAAUCGAACGAUAA